AUGUCUCGUACACUCCUUCUUCUUCACGGAUACCAGCAAAAUGUCGAAAUAUUUAAGACAGAGAUCACCCCAGUGGAAAAGGUCAUCUACGAAACCUUCACAACACAAAUACGCAUCGUAUAUAUCGAAGCCCCUUUCCAUGCAGGAGAAACCAUGUCAGGUAUUGCUACCCGUUCAUGGUGGGAUCCAAACGCGUUCGAGAAUGUCGACCGGAUUCACGACACCCUUCGGCACAUGUCAAGGAUCUUGGAACAAUAUGGUCCCUUUGAUGGCAUCGUUGGAUUCUCUCAAGGGGGCGCUCUUGCUGCCAUCAUGGCUGGGCUUCUCGAGCGUCCAGCCAAAAAUCGGCCAAUUUCUUUCAACACUGCACACCCUCGUGUAAAGUUCGUGGUGUCCUACAGCGGCUAUCGCGAACACUACAAUGCGUUGCAAAAUUUCUAUGAACACAAGAUCCAAACUCCUGUGCUGCACUUUAUCAACACGGAUGACCCUAUUGUCUCGGAGGACCGGUGCAUCCGACUUACAGAGAGAUCGGCACUGAAGAGAUUUUUGUCUGAGUUUGCUGAAGCUUGA